GACACCAGCUACCCGGUAGCCAGCGACCACCGCGUCCUCGAGCCGCCUGCACCGCCCAUCGCUGCGCCUUACAAAGCAGCUUUGGAGGAGCGUCGGAGAGGCACCAAGCGCUGUGCCCGUGAGGGCGCGGAGGCGGAAGGCAGCACCGCUGCACCGGUUCCGAGCGCCGGCGAGUGA